AUGAGCAAGCGACAAGCUGAUUCACCUCUGGAUCUUGAUUUUCUAAAAAGAAAAUUAAAGAAAUAUCAAAAUUUAAUAGAUGAAUUGUCAUCCGACAAACAUGAAAGUGACAUAUCUGUCAGAUCAGAUGACGAAGGUUCAGAUCAUGAUGAAUUAUCUGAGUCUGAUCUUGAAAAGAAGACCGUUCCCAAAACGGAUUCCGGUAGCAAGGUUCCUCGUACUCCACAAGACAAUGACAUCAAUAAUUCUGAAAUUAUUGAACUACCGGAGAAGGCUCGGGAUCUUCUUGGGGUUGAAAAGCGUCGACAGAAAGACCUAAUUUUCGAGUUCCAUCCUGAGCUUGUCGCAUCAUCCAUUAGCCGCGAAAUUAACCCUGAUGGCAGGAAGAUUAUCUGCGAAGCAUUCAAGUUGAAAGGAGUAAAAGAAGAGUCUGUUAGUCUUCUCCUCAACUCGAUUACUGAAUCCACUCUUAAACAAUACAAUAAACCUAUUGUAGAUUGGUAUUAUUUUUGCAAAUCUCAAGACUUGAACUUAUACAAGCCAACUGAGGGUCAAGUUGCGGACUGGAUGUCUGGAAAAUUUCAUCAAGGUGCUUCUUAUAGUUCUCUCAAUACUUGUCGUUCGGCUCUUUCUUUAAUCUGUGGAGAAUAUAUUGGACAGAGUUCUUUAUUAUCUCGUCUGUUAAAAGGGAUUUAUAAAGAGAAACCCAGUAAACCUAAGUACAAUAAAAUUUACAGUCUUGAUCCGGUUAUUAAUAAAUUAGAACAAAUGAGUCCGCUCAGUGUUCUUAGUUUACCAGAAUUAACUAACAAGUUAUUAAUGUCAAUGGCCUUAAUUACGGCGCAUCGUAAACAAACUCUAUCACUUAUUAAACGAUCAAAUAUUAAAAAAGUUCAGAACGGUUAUGAAAUUCAAAUUCCGGAUUUUAUUAAGACGUCAAGACGUGGUCAUCAUCAACCUCUUCUUAUUCUUCCUCGGUUUCCUGAAAAUAAAAAUUUGUGUGUUGCUUCAAUGUUAGAAGCUUAUUUAAAAGUUACAUCUGAU